AUGGCAAAUGGAUGGCCAGAAAAGCAAAGUGAAGUUGAACCUCAGGUGCUACCAUUCUUCAAAAAGAAGGAUUCACUUUCAUAUGUGGACGAAUGUUUGCUUUUCAACGCCAGAGUAGUUUUUCCACGAAUCUACAGGAAGAAAAUCUUGAAACAACUUCAUCGCGGACACUUUGCGAUUGAAAAAUGCAAGACGCUCGCAAGGAGUUACGUCUCCUGGCCGAACAUAGACAAAGAUAUUGAGGACUGGGUAAAAAUAUGUCAAAAUUGCCAGCUAGUUGUUAAAAAUGCAGUAAAGACGGACUUGUCUUCAUGGCCAUUGAUGACUAGACCUUUGGAAAGAGUCCAUAUCGACUACGCAGGUCCAGUGAAGGGACACUACUACCUCAUAAUAGUUGAUGCAUUUUCAAAGAAUACAGAAAUUUACCAAACAUCUAAUAUCACCGCUACAUCUACGAUCAAGCUAAUGAACGAGUAUUGCUCACAUUUCGGAAACCCCGAGCAACUGGUAUUAGAUAAUGGUACUCAGUUUUGUUCCAGUGUUUUUGAACAAUGGUGUAAUGAAAGAGCCAUAACACAUACUCGAACUGUUCGUUUCCACCCCAGCUCGAACGGUCAAGCCGAAAGGACACUGGACACUUGCGGUGUAGACGAUUCCUCCGCAGAUGCUUCACCAGCUGCUGCUGUCGAAGUACUUUUUGAGUUCCGUGCUUCCCCGAUGGCGCGCACCUUGAACCCAGUCCAACUGGAUUACCCACCCACACAGGGCUUGUCAGGUCCCAUUUAG